AUGGCCUCACCAAGUCCCGCCCCUCCCAGGGCUGUCGUUCACGCUCUACGUGGUGUGCUCCUAACCACAUCCUUUUCGGUCAUUCUCUUGGCUGAAGAACGACGUCGACGUCUCAAUAUCGCCCGGGCUGCCCUCGACAAUGCUAAGAAACUUCACACUGCGCGAGUGAACAGAAAUGCGACUGCGCUGGCCGAAAGUUACAACAGUAGACGAGAAUUUCCGAUUGAAGUUGUCCACGAUUUCUCACACGCCCCCACCAAUAAUCCUCUUCGCCGCCGUCGACAACGAAUUGAUUCAUUAGAGACCGAGUUAUCGCGACCGAAAGAAAUCAUAUCGAUAGAAAACUUUGAGGCAACAUUGUCCGGGGACUUCGACACGGCUAGCACAUCGCAAACGAGCCAGAGGAGAUGGGAUGAAUGGGAUGCAGCCCGAAAGGAACUGUCACGAAUAUCGGAGAUCAACCCAUUUACAGAUAAUGGCUAUUCGAUCAGGUUUUCCCCAGAUGUCAAAUUGUCAGCUCUGCAAUCACGGACUCGCAAGCCAAGGACUCAGAGACCAGCCACUAGGCCUAACACCAAACCGAACGUCAAAGCGACAGGAUCACAGCAUGCAAAUGCCGCUUUGAAUGGACAAUUGAAAUCUAUACUGCAACUAGACUUCAUCGUCACAGAGCUGGAGACCUUAGACUUAUCAAAUAGUCUUCGUGCUGAGAAAGAGAGAAAUGCCGUCGGGCUACUUGAAGAAUUGUCCUCAAAACAGGCCGAGGAGCCCAAGGAGAUUCUAUCAAGAGGCAUUCGGUUACUUCAAUCUAUCGCGACUUCAUGCGAGUACAACAAUAUCCCUAGUGUUCUGGGCGCACUACGUCCAAUCUGCAAGGACGCCAGUCUUCUUGCUGUACCCUUCUUUGACAGUUUGAAACAGAAUCAUAACGCAGAAGGCGUUCGUCAAUUUCUAACAAGCCUGUCGAGUUUCCAGCCCGAAUCAAUAGGGACAAAAAAUGACAAUGAAUGGAUCAUGCGACUAUUGAUGCACAACUGGAGGAAGACGAAGGACUUUGCCGAUAUACAAAACAUUUAUGGUUUACUUCAAGAAGGUGGACUUUUUGAGGACGACGUUUUCCCAGUAUCUACACAGUAUGCUGUCAGGCGCCGAGUCAUCCUCAUUGCCCUUGACGCUGGUGACGAUGCUACUGCAAGUGCUGAGAUGGCUUUGCUCUCUAAUAUGAGAUUUGGGACAUCUGGUAUCGAUGUCAAGCUUUGCGGGCGAUUUAUUGUUCGGGACGCGGAAUUAGGACGCUGGGAUGAGGCUGUAUCUGAGCUUCAAAAUUUUGGGUCCAAGGCAAAGGAAUCAGCUCAGUUUCAGAAGGUGCUUUCAUGGCUUACAAAGACAUAUUGCAAGGACCAUACGCCCUCACAGGUGGAUAUAUUUGUGAGAGAUCUUGUUGACAAUCACGGCAUGACGUUAAACAAGCCUCUCGCUUCCUUGGUCAUGGAUAAGCACGGCAGAACACGUAAUAUCCAAGCACUGGUUGCAUGGGUGCAGUUCUGUCAGGAUGGUGGAUUGGAGAUGGACCAAGUCUUCUUCAACGAGAUUGCCGACAAAUGCUGCAAGUACUGGAGCUUGUCGCGGAUCGAUGUGGUUCGCAUGCUAAAGGACGUACGAAGCUCUAAAUCUUGGAUUCAAGACCCUCUCCUGACUAGGUAUGUGAGCGACGGUGCCUUGCAUAGUCUUCACAAACCCCUACCAGGAGAGAGAGCGGAUGCGUUUGGACUCGCUCAGACCCUCCCCGAAAGACGAGGAGACUCAAUUACUAUUUAUGAGCGAGCCGUUUUCAAGCACAUGAAUACUCUUGCCCUCCGAAACGACUGGAGCGGCACCUACAGUGCUUACCUGGAGGCGACCAAGGAGGGUCUUGGCGACUCGUCGCGAUGUCUUCGACUUGCGGUCGUGGCCAACAUUCAUUUGGAAGGGCCACAUUCGUGCACAGGAUCAAGACUCAUCAACGAAGCUCACAAUAAGAAACACGAUAUCGGUGGCGCGUUGGUGCCGAUGUUGAUCGCACGACUCGAGGCCGGCGAUAACGCGGGCGAACUGCUUCAUGAGAACCUUCUCAAAGGUCAAAAAAUCCACGAUAGUGUUUACAACAAGGCCGCCCGAGUUCUCACACAAAAGGGAAACCCUGAGGCUGCGAUCAUGGUGUGUGAAGUUGCGGCACGAGAGAACGGUAUGGGUGAGCUGGCAUACAAUCAAUACAACUUUGCCAGUCUUAUCCACACGUAUACUGGCCAAGGACGCUAUACAGACUUGUUGCCACUAAUCAACAGUUUCAUUUCGAAGUCUGAGUGGUGGCACGGUAGCAAAGAGUGCAAGGAGUCGAUCAAAUUUGCAAUGAAGCAUGUGGCUUCGCGAGCGGCAAGGGAUAGGAAGCAUGAGGGCUCGUACGAGCAAGUUCUCUUGCGUCUCGAAGGAGCCCUUGAGCAUAUUAAGUACCUACGAGCGAUGAAUCGGCAAGAUCGGGAGACUUUGACCAAAGAGGUCAUUAGUGCCUUCAAAUCGAUAGAUGAGCCAGCGGCUUUUGAGGGGGGUUUCUUUCCAGAUACACAAGCUGGACGACAGCCACCGAAAGAUAAGAGGAAUACGGACUGGGAGUCAUCCACGAGGCGAGACUCAGCAACCCAGACCACAAGCGAGACAAGGCAUCGCAUUGUUGAAGAUGACUUGCAUUCACAAAACCAGACUAUAGACGAUGUCCGAACAUGA